CCGGACACUGCGGGGCUGCGGGCUCAGCCCCGGGACGCAGGGAGCGCAGGUGCGGGCACCCCCCGCCGGCCGCGAUCUCGGGGUUUCCACACUGAGCAGUGAGGCUGGCCAGAACACAGGGAUGAGGAAGAUGGUGACCCCCAGGUGGAAUCAGCGGUGGCACAUAGGGCCCACAGCCACCGCUGGGAGGAGGUGAUGGAUGGCACCUUGUGAACACCCACGUGCUCAAUAGCUCAAGAGACCUGGCAGGACCCAGGAUUCAAGGAUGACAACUCCCCAGACCCUGGCCUCUGUCCUGCCCAGGCGCUAGGAGCAGUCCCUGAGCUCCAGCCAGGAGCCCUGCUGCCCAGGGGCAUGGCCAAACCUUUCUUCCGACUCCAGAAGUUUCUCCGCAGAACACAAUUCUUGCUGCUCUUUCUCACAGCUGCCUAUCUGAUGGCUGGCAGCCUGCUGCUCCUGCAGCGGGCCCGAGUGGCCACUUCGCAGGGUCCCCGGGUCCCGGGAGCCCCCCAGGCCUUGCCGGUGGCCACGGUGGCCCUGGGUGUGGACCUGUUGGGUAGUAGGGCCCUGCAGGACCCUCGUGGGAGCCCGGACCUGCUGCUUGGCGUGGAUGUCCUGCAGAGUCCACUGCUCCGGAGGCCACCACCAGGACUCCGCUGGCCCCGGAGAAAUCGCAGCUCACCCCACCGCCGCUGGUUCCACCACUUCACCAGUGACCUCCAGGCACCGCCCACCCUGGCCCCGGAGACCCCUGGGCCUGCUGCCCGCAGCCGAGGCACCUACCUGGGCUGCUUCAGUGAUGAGGGCCAGGAGAGGACUCUGAAGGGGGCCGUGUUUUACGACUUGAGAAAGAUGACUGUGUCCCACUGCCAGGAUGCAUGUGCUGAGCGGUCCUACAUCUACGCAGGUUUGGAGGCCGGUGCAGAGUGCUACUGUGGGAACCGACUGCCUGCCACGCGUGCCGGCCUGCAGGAGUGCAACCAGGAGUGCAAAGGGGAGAAGGGCACAGCGUGUGGUGCCAGCGAUCGGCUCUCCGUCUACCGUGUGGACAUGCUGCAGCCCAGCUCCAGGAAGCGGCAGACUGCCACCUACCGAGGGUGUUUCCGACUGCCAGAGAACAGCACCAACGCCUUCUCAACUGCCCUGAUCCAGGCCAACAUGACGGUGGAGACAUGCUCAGAAUUUUGCUCCCAGAAAGAAUUCCCCCUGGCCGUGCUCCGGGGCUGGGAGUGUUACUGUGCCUACCCCACCACCCAGUUCAGCCUACACGAUGCGGUGGACAGCUCCCUGUGUGGCCAGGCCCCUGAGGCUCAGAGGCUGGAGGGCUACUGUGACGUCUACCAGACGCCUGUGCAAGAUACCCGGUGCACAGACAGGAGGUUCCUGCCCCACAAAUCCCAGGUGUUUGUGGCCUUGUCCAGCUUCCCAGGAGCUGGGAACACAUGGGCCAGGCACCUCAUUGAGCACGCCACUGGCUUCUACACCGGGAGCUACUACUUCGAUGGAACGCUCUACAACAAAGGUUUCAAAGGUGAGAAAGAUCACUGGCGGAGCCGGCGCACGAUCUGUGUGAAAACCCACGAGAGCGGCCGGAGGGAGAUUGAGAUGUUCGACUCGGCCAUCCUGCUUAUCCGGAACCCCUACAGGUCCCUGGUGGCUGAAUUCAACAGGAAGUGUGCAGGCCACCUGGGCUAUGCACCUGACCACAACUGGAAGAGCAAAGAAUGGCCCGACUUCGUGAACACCUAUGCCUCGUGGUGGUCCUCCCACGUCCUGGAGUGGCUCAAGUAUGGGAAGCGGUUACUGGUGGUUCACUACGAGGAGCUGCGGCGUAGCCUGGUGCCCACGCUGCGCGACAUGGUGGCCUUCCUCAAUGUCUCCGUAAGCGAGGAGCGGCUGCUCUGUGUGGAAAACAACAAGGAGGGCAGCUUCCGGCGGCGCGGCCGGCGCCCGCAGGACCCUGAGCCCUUCACCCCCGAGAUGAAGGACUUGAUCGACGGCUAUAUCCGGACGGUGGACCAGGCCCUGCGCGACUACAACUGGACUGGGCUGCCCCAGGAAUACGUGCCCAGAUGAUGGCGCCUGGCCCGGGCCACCUGACCCUGCUGAAAUCACAGUCACACCCCGGGGCUGCCCCUGAUCCAUGCCCUGGGACCUUGUGGCUGCUUGUGCACAGUGUGCAAGGGGGAGAGCACGCUCACUCACGCGCUGCCUCCAGUGCAGGGAGACCUGGACGCCAAGCCUGUCUAGACAGAAACACGCCACAGGACAGAUGGACGUGCAUUCCUAGCCAGACACUCACACGCUCUCAAACACACUUAGGUAUCACCCACACUCACAGUGCCCGUGUCCACGUGCCUAAGGCAUCCACUCAGGGUGUGCCAGACACACUGAGCUUUGCACAGAUGCACACACCACACUGGAGCCUGCUGCUCUGUGCUCCCAGAGUCUUCUCGUCUUUCUCGCACAUGUGUGUCCACACUAGCCCUGGGCUGUGCAAACAGUGUCCAGCCACAGCACAGACUUGCUCGCCAGGGAACUUGACUUUAGAAUGUUGGGGAGGGGCUGGCAUUUGUACUCUGAAGCAGUGAGGACCGUGGGGAUGGAGGUGGGCUCACUCACUGUUGCCAUUUUGCCAUGUGGCCUGACCACAGGUAUGACAUCCCAUAAAUGUGUGUGCUGGGGACUCCCAGACACUACAAA